AUGGCCGGCGCUUCCACACCAUAUUCCAGCGUAUGGAAGCUCUACAAGCCUUACUGGAAGCGGAUCAAUUUCCUGUCCAUCGCCGCCAUCGCCGUCCUCUGCUCCGCCUCCUACCUCCUUGGCAUCUGGCAGCACGGCGGCGGUGGUGGCAGCAGCACCUCCCGCGCUGCCUCCUCCACCAUCCUGGCCACCGUCUCCUGCAACGAUAACAGUAACUCCCCCUCCUCCACCACCGUUACUACUCUCGACUUUGCCGCACACCACGCCGCCGACGAGUCCGCCUUCGACGGCCCGGCGAGGCGGGACUUCCCGGCGUGCGACGCAAAGUACUCGGAGUACACGCCGUGCGAGGACGUGGCCCGGUCGCUCAAGUUCCCCAGGGACCGGCUGAUCUACCGGGAGCGGCACUGCCCGGCGAAGGGGGAGGAGCUCCGGUGCCUUAUCCCGGCGCCGGCGGGCUACCAGAAGCCGUUCCCGUGGCCGGAGAGCCGCGGGGUGGCGUGGUUCGCGAACGUGCCGCAUAAGGAGCUCACGGUGGAGAAGGCGGUCCAGAACUGGAUCCGGGUCGAUGGAGACAAGUUCCGGUUCCCCGGCGGCGGGACCAUGUUCCCCAACGGUGCCGACGCCUACAUCGACGAAAUCGACCGGCUCAUCAACCUCCGCGAUGGGUCCGUCCGGACCGCCAUCGACACCGGUUGUGGGGUGGCGAGCUGGGGAGCUUACCUUCUUUCCAGAGACAUCUUAACAAUGUCAUUUGCCCCAAGGGACUCCCAUGAAGCGCAGGUCCAAUUCGCCCUCGAGCGAGGUGCGCCGGCCAUGAUGGGCAUCCUUGCCUCCAACCGCCUCCCCUAUCCAUCGAGGGCCUUCGACAUGGCGCACUGCUCUCGCUGCCUCAUUCCUUGGCAUCAAUAUGAUGGGCUCUACUUGAUUGAGAUCGACCGCAUUCUGAGACCGGGUGGGUACUGGAUCCUGUCAGGUCCUCCUAUCAACUGGAAGCGCCACUGGAAAGGGUGGCAGAGAACACAGGAGGACCUAAGUGCAGAGCAGUCAGCUAUCGAAGCCGUAGCCAAGAGCCUCUGCUGGAAGAAGAUAAAGGAGGAGCGAGACAUUGCAAUCUGGCAGAAGCCCACCAACCACAUUCACUGCAAAGCUAAUCGCAAAAUCAUCCAGUCUCCACAGUUCUGCACAGAUCAGAAUCCUGAUGCUGCUUGGUACACAAAGAUGGAGGCUUGCAUUACUUCCAUGCCUGAGGUGGAUUCAAUUCAAGACAUUGCUGGCGGGGAAUUGAAGAAAUGGCCAGAGAGACUGAUGGCAGUGCCACCAAGAAUUAGUAGUGGAAGCCUCAGUGGGGUUACUGGUGAUAUGUUCUUCCAAGAUACCGAGAUGUGGAAGAAGAGGGUGGGGUACUACAAGAAGCUGUUCAACCUAGGACAGAAGGGUAGAUACCGCAACCUGCUUGACAUGAAUGCUCGGUUUGGUGGAUUCGCAGCUGCCAUGAUCGAUGAGCCAGUGUGGGUCAUGAACGCUGUGCCUACUGCGGCAAAUGUUAACACACUUGGUGUUAUCUAUGAGCGUGGCCUAAUCGGAACCUAUCAAGAUUGGUGUGAAGCAAUGUCUACAUACCCAAGGACUUAUGACCUCCUUCAUGCUGAUUUGGUGUUUACUCUUUACAGUGACAGAUGCGAAAUGGAAGACAUUUUGUUGGAGAUGGAUAGAAUCCUGAGGCCUGAGGGUACAGUGAUCAUUAGAGACGACAUUGAUGUUUUAGUGAAGAUCAAGAGCAUUGCGGAUGGAAUGCGAUGGAAAAGCCAGAUUGCUGACCAUGAAGAUGGUCCUCUCAAAAGGGAGAAGAUUAUGUUGGCAGUCAAGGAUUAUUGGACGUUAACAGACCAAUAUCAAGAGCAACGAAAUGGAGCUGCAUAGCAAAAGGAGCUUUAGAGCAUGGGAUUCAGCUAUCAUACGUGUCUGGCUUCAUUUAAUUUCUGUGAUUCAUUCUUUCAUAAUUUAUUGGUGCUGCCUUGUUCUCUCUUGUCCUGAUAAGUGGAAAAUAUAAUAG